UCCUGGCGUUUAAUGCUCGCUGUUUAGGAAAAAGUGCAAACCGGCUCGCGUGGUUCGGUGCUGCCGUCGGUUCGGACAGGUUCCGAGCUGAGUGGACCUCAAGUCCCGCCUGUCGACGCGUCCAUCAUGAGCAGAAAGCACACAGCUUGGCGCUCGCGCCCUCGGUGCCCUGCUAGUUUCUGUCCACAAAUGUCACCAAUACUGGACCUGUAGUUUCAUCCAGAGGACCGGAGAGGCGACAGCUACCGCCUUUUAACUUGGACCGCGGCGGAAUGCGAAGCUAGGAUCACGUGUUUUUAUUCUCCUGAGACUGAAAUCCAAACAAGUUGCCGAGCGUUUAUCAUCAUGCCGACAUUUUCAGUCAUGUACAAAGGAGCUGUCAUCGUUAGCAGGACACUGAUGGGUCCAUAUGGAGUCGACCGAGCAGUUCACUCCCUGGAGUUCACAGACUGUGAGAACGGUCUUGGAAUAAAGGUGAUCGGUGGAGUUAAGGAGCUGACUGGAGAAGAGUUUGGAGUUUAUGUGAAACGUAUUUUACCGGGUGGCCUUGCAUCAAGUGAUGGAAACCUCUUGCCUGGAGACCAGAUCUUGGAGGUUAAUGGAGACAGUCUUGUUGGAGUCACAAGUGAAAGAGCUGUGGACGUCUUAAGAGCCGCGUCUGCCACCAACCACAUGCGACUUCUCAUCGCCAGAGAUGAGGAGGCAAAGAAGGAGUUUGCAGAGCUGAUGGAGAAAUAUGGCUCUAAUGGCAGCACAGGGUCAACACGCAACUCUCCCAUCCAGCAAGGUAUUAAAUUCAGAGAAGCUAGUGAGGGGCCAACUCCAGAUCCCCGGAGUCCACAAUGCAGUCAUCAAAGUGGACGCUACCUGGAUAGCACAUCAUCGGGUUCAUCCUCACGGUCUCAGAGUCCUUUACUGCUGAGCCCAGCAGGUUCCCAGAGCAUGUUCAACACCAGCGGGCCCUUACUGCGCUCUCUCAGUCAUCCAGGUGAAGGAGUGAUCCAACUCAUUUCAGUGACUCGAUCCAGCAACUUGGGGAUCACGAUAGGAGGCGGGUCCAACCGACCUGAUGGCCCAGCGGUCUUUAUCCAGGAGGUCCUGUCUGCGGGAGACUGCCACCGGGACGGUCGUCUCAGGCCUGGAGACCAACUCAUUGCCAUGAACAAGGAGUCCAUGAUAGGUGUGACCCACGAGGAGGCCAAAAGCAUGCUGAACAAAGUCAAAGUCAGUCAGGACAGUGUGGUGGAAAUAGCCUUCAUACCAGGGAAGGGACAUUUCCCUAGUAGCACGUCUCUUCAUAAUGGUGUCCAGAGAGCCACAGGCAACAGCUACAACUCCGGACGCCUAAAAGUGCACAUCAGGUCGCCGGAGAUCUGCACCGAGGAGCCGGCCUCAGUGUCUUCACCUUCUCCUGACAUCUGCCCACCAGAUAUCCACAUUUCAGGCACAACCAAUCAGCGGUCACCAACAGGAACAAAACCCAAGAUCACACUGGACCCGUAUAUCCGGCUAAAACUGGACAAGUUGGAUUUGGCGCUCUCAUUCCUGGGUCUGGAUGUCGCUGACGAGAAGAAGAAGAAACUGAAGCAGAGUCUGAACACAGACUCACAAGGCACAGUGGCAUACGGAGACUUUGUUGAGGCAACGCGCAAUAUUUUCCAAGACAACCUGGAGGAGCUUGGUUUUGGGGCGGGACCCUUCAUGUUCUCCUACCAUGAAGCUGCCAGUCUGAUGGACACGUCGGCCUUCCACUCACCUACGUACGAAUCGGAAUGCAGCUACAGCAGUGAGGAAAUGGAACAGUUUCAAACAGAAGUCAAACAGCUGCAGAUGCAGAUGAAGCAACUCAAGGUGAUGCUGAAAGACAUGGAGCACAGCAAGAAAAACCUUGAAGAGGAGCUGCAGAAGACCUCAGAGAGAGCGUGCCUGACUGUGGAGGAGAACACCCGCUUGAAGAGCCGCCUGCAGGCAGCUGAGGCGGAGGUAGGCCAGCGGCAGGCCAGCAGUGCAGAGCAGGACUACGAGGAGGUCAUCCAGCUGCUGGAAGCAGAGAUCCGUGACCUGAAAAGCCAGCUCGCCAGCAAAAGGCAAACGCGAGGGAUGGACGCCACCAAAAGUGACGUGCAGGAGCUCAACAAGAGGCUGACGGCCGUGGACGGCCAGCUGAAGAGGUCGGAGCUGAGCAGGAAGCACUUGGAGAUGUCCAAUAAGAAACUGCUGGGCUUUGCUCAGAACGUCCACAAAGUCUUGACCACUCCAAGCUUGUUCGGGGGAGAAGCUGGGAGCAACCGGUCGUCUCCGGCCGCGGACAGUCCUGAACCCCUGUCCCCUCUGCCUGACCCCGCCGUCCAGCUGGCUGUGGAGGCCAGAGAGCUGGUGCAGGGCGCCUGCUGCCUGGCCGCAGAUGAGACAGCGCACAGGUCCGAGCCAGAGACCAGUCCUGACGGCAGGCCUCACAUGUGAGCCUGAGGCAUGGACGGCGUGGGAUCAUCUGCUGAACCUACCAAAGACUGGAUCCAUCAAAUUCCUAAAUAUCUUCUUGAGAUUUUUUUAAUGCCAAAGUUCAAAUUUGAAUCACUUUCAACGCGGCUCAGCAGAGGGAAGCACUGAGAAGUGCUCUGCUGGAACUCCCCUUACCGUGACGACGGGAUGCUGGCGGGGCUGCAUGAGGCAACACACAGGCAGGAAACUUGUGAAUACUCCUCCGUGACCUUUUCUAGCCCUCUGUGCUCACGUUGACACACACACACACACUGCAUGUUAAGGCCUAUUACAGACUCGCUGCCAUCAGCGACCACCAACUGUGUUGAACCCCAGAUAGCACCCUGCUAUACCCAUGUCCAGAAGAGAUGAGGAGCAAAUUCUGACCAGAAGAUCAGCUCUGCGGCUCGGCAUCGCUGCAUGUUGUCCCCUGCUUUCAGCAGCUGUGCGUCAUCUCUGCUGUAGCUCCUGCUGUGUACACUUGUGUUUGCUAGUCAGCCAUGUUCCGUAGUCUACAUGUAGGACGGGGGCUCAAAAAAAUAAAAAAGAAAAACUAACUAGAAAAACUAGAGCGAAAAAUAAAGGAGGAACAAAUGCAUUUACAGAUACUGACAUGUCCUGUAUGUCAACCAGACUGCAUCAUUGUCGUGGCCUCAUGUUCUUUCUGUUACUGUUUUAUAUUAAAGAUUUAACUGAUGUCUCGAACCCUGCGCACAAAUCUCUUCGUUGCACAGGAAAACAAAGGUCAGUGCCAUUAUUCUCUAUCUCUCAACCUAAACUUCAUCAAAUCAUUCCAUCUCCACUCACGGCUCCAAAUGAAUGGUUUUCUCCUUCCAAAAAUUCUUGCCAGUUCUUCAUUAGCUGUCUUUGGAGCUAAGUGCAGCCCCAGCAUGACGAAGAAGCACAACAUGUUUUAUGAAACACAAUAAUCAAUGUGAAAAAGGGAUUCAGAGAUGCGUCUCUACUCUGGCAGGGGAACAUUUAAAAACCCUUCUGUCUGAGGUGAACCGACCAGCUGGCCGACACUCUUUCACAAAAUACUUCCAUUUAUUCAUAGAGACACUGAGAUUUUCAAUACAUCUUUAAAAACAUUCAUUUAUGAUUCAAGGGUGAGGACAAAAAUAAUCAGUCGAUUUGAUGCAGCUGGGAGUCAGGCAGCGAUCCACCUCCAUCAGUGGGGUCAGAAGUGUCAGGGCUCCAGAGCCAGGUUAUCGAUCCCCACCUUGUGGUGUCGAGGCUGCGGAGGAAGCAGCUCCAUCAGAGAACACAGGACUGGCUACCAGAAAUGAGCUCCAGUGGCAAAUGUUACAGUGAGGAUGACCCUCCAUCGUGUGUGUGUGUGUUUACCUCCGAAUCAUCACAGCAGCAGCAGCAGAAGCAGCGGACGAGCACAAGGAUCAGCAGCAGCACAAUCAUCCCUGCGCACACGGACACACACACACUUUACUGACAUACUCUAUAUAAAGUUAACCAGAUCAAACAAAACGUCUAAUUUUCAGAUGUCACAGUGACAUCACAGUUCGCCUUCACUCACCAAUAAAGAUGAAGAAAACUGCAAACGAAGCUUUGUCCCAGUCCGACUGGAAGAACUCCUUGGACUCAAAGCGUGAGAUCACGUCGUUGAAUUGAUACUCAAAUUCCUGCCGCAGGUUUCUCUGCUCCAUGAUGAGACUCUGGGAAGCACGCACAUUUUCGAAACGUUAAUGUUUUUUUCGAGUGAAAACACCAGGCAUUGUUCACAUGGACUAAAAUUCAAACGAAUGGCUUAAAAGUGUUUUGCCGAGUUUUAUGAUUCACUCUACAAUAACACGGACACUUGCACAAAUGAUAAAUUACUGAAAGACUAUUUAGAAAAUAUCAAAUUAAACAGACUAACCAAGGAGGUGGCAAACAAAUUGCAUGAGCCAAUAAAAGAACAAGAAAUACUGGAGGCAAUUUCUUCAUUAAAAAAUAAUAAAAGCCCUGGUUCAGACGGAUUUAUCAAUGAAUUCUAUAAAAUGUUUAAAGAGACAUUAGUACCAUUGCUUCUGGAUGCCUAUCACCACGCAUUACAACCUGGCACUAUGGCCCCUUCAUGGAAAGAGGCAGUAAAUGCCAAUCAUACCGACCUAUAUCUCUAUUGAAUACAGACAUCAGAAUACUGACUGCCAUCCUCGCAAACUGUCUUAAUAAA